CAUGCUCAGUGGCCUCCCGACAAGUUGGCAGCAACAACACGGCCCUGGUCGUCGCCGCCGCUGCGGUAACGGAGCGGCUCGGGCGGCGGAGCCCGCGCGCCCCCGGCGCCCCCCCCCCCCGCCCGUCGCCUCCGCGGCCGCCCGGGGGGCGGGAGCCGGCGAGGGGAGCCGGGCGCCCCGCGAGAGAGGCCCCGCGGCGGGGCGACCCGGAGCUCGAGGCGCCGGCCCGCGCGGGAGCGGCGCGCGAGGAGGGGCGGCCGGGCCCGGGCGCCGCGGGCCGGUCGGAGGAGCGCCCCGGCCCCGGGGGGCGCGGCCCGGCGCCCCGGCAGCCGCGGCGGGAGAGCGGGCUCCCCUCGCCACCGCCCGAGCCCAGGUUAUCCUGAAUACCACAUGUCUAACAUUUUGCCUUGCAACAUUAGCCAUUGUUUUCUACUGCCUCCAAAAAAUCAAAAUUGCUCUGGAAAUUGGAGACACACUUGAUUUAAAAGAAAUAACUUUAGCAAAUGGACAAUAUGUCUAUUACGAAUACACCAACCAGUAAUGAUGCCUGUCUGAGCAUUGUACAUAGUUUGAUGUGCCAUAGACAAGGUGGAGAGAGUGAAACAUUUGCAAAAAGAGCAAUUGAAAGUUUGGUAAAGAAGCUGAAGGAGAAAAAAGAUGAAUUGGAUUCUUUAAUAACAGCUAUAACUACAAAUGGAGCUCAUCCUAGCAAAUGUGUUACCAUACAGAGAACAUUGGAUGGAAGGCUUCAGGUGGCUGGUCGAAAAGGAUUUCCUCAUGUGAUCUAUGCCCGUCUCUGGAGGUGGCCUGAUCUUCACAAAAAUGAACUAAAACAUGUUAAAUAUUGUCAGUAUGCGUUUGACUUAAAAUGUGAUAGUGUCUGUGUGAAUCCAUAUCACUAUGAGCGAGUUGUAUCACCUGGAAUUGAUCUCUCAGGAUUAACACUGCAAAGUAAUGCUCCACCAAGUAUGUUGGUGAAGGAUGAAUAUGUUCAUGACUUUGAGGGACAGUCAUCGUUAUCCACUGAGGGGCAUUCAAUUCAAACCAUUCAGCAUCCACCAAGUAAUCGGGCAUCUACGGAGACAUACAGCACCCCAGCUCUGUUAGCGCCAUCUGAGUCUAAUGCUACCAGCACCACCAACUUUCCCAACAUUCCUGUGGCUUCCACAAGUCAGCCUGCCAGUAUAUUGGCAGGCAGCCAUAGUGAAGGAUUGUUGCAGAUAGCUUCAGGGCCUCAGCCAGGACAGCAGCAGAAUGGAUUUACUGGUCAGCCAGCUACUUACCAUCAUAACAGCACUACCACCUGGACUGGAAGUAGGACCGCACCAUACACACCUAAUUUGCCUCACCACCAAAACGGCCAUCUUCAGCACCACCCGCCUAUGCCGCCCCCACAUCCCGGACAUUACUGGCCAGUUCACAAUGAACUUGCAUUCCAGCCUCCCAUUUCCAAUCAUCCUGCUCCUGAGUACUGGUGUUCCAUCGCUUAUUUUGAAAUGGACGUUCAGGUAGGAGAGACAUUUAAGGUUCCUUCAAGCUGCCCUAUUGUCACCGUUGAUGGAUACGUGGAUCCUUCUGGAGGAGAUCGCUUUUGCUUGGGUCAACUCUCCAAUGUCCACAGGACAGAAGCCAUUGAGAGAGCAAGGUUGCAUAUAGGCAAAGGUGUACAGUUGGAAUGUAAAGGAGAAGGUGAUGUUUGGGUCAGGUGCCUUAGCGACCAUGCGGUCUUUGUACAGAGUUACUACUUAGACAGAGAAGCUGGGCGUGCACCUGGAGAUGCUGUUCAUAAGAUCUACCCAAGUGCAUAUAUAAAGGUCUUUGAUUUGCGUCAGUGUCAUCGUCAGAUGCAGCAGCAAGCGGCCACGGCACAAGCUGCAGCAGCUGCUCAGGCAGCAGCCGUGGCAGGAAACAUCCCUGGCCCAGGAUCAGUAGGUGGAAUAGCUCCAGCUAUUAGUUUGUCAGCUGCUGCUGGAAUUGGUGUUGAUGACCUUCGUCGCUUAUGCAUACUCAGGAUGAGUUUUGUGAAAGGAUGGGGACCAGAUUACCCAAGACAGAGCAUCAAAGAAACACCUUGCUGGAUUGAGAUUCACUUACACCGGGCCCUCCAACUCCUCGACGAAGUACUUCACACCAUGCCUAUUGCCGACCCACAACCUUUAGACUGAGGUCUUUUAUUCUUGGGCCCCGUAACAUUAUCAGGAUGGUGGACUAUAAAAUAUAAUCCUGUUUAUAAUCUGAAGAUAUAUUUCACUUUUGUUCUGCUUUAUCUUUUCAUAAAGGGUUGAAAAAUGUGUUUGCUGCCUUGCUCCUAGCAGACAGAAACUGGAUUAAAACAAAUUUUUUUUUUCCUAUUUAGAACUUUUCAGGCAUGGCUCAGAGCUUGAAGAUCAGGAAAAACACAUUCUUAUUAAAUCUUCACCAGUUAUGUAUGAAGGAUUCAUUCCAUUGCUGGAAAAUUUAACCCUUUAAAGCCUCCUAGAGCCUUUUAUAUGCAGAACAUUGAUAUAUGUGUUAUUCUACAGAAAAAUUCAAUAUUGCUGAUUUUAAAGGCAGAGAAGUUCUCAAAGUUAAUUCACCAAUGUUAUUUUGUGUGCAAGUUGUUAUUGUUGAACAUACUUUACUCCAAACUGUUGUGCCAUGUGGGUGAGUUAAUUAUCCCAAGAGCAACUUUACUCUGUGUUUAAAAAAUAAGAUAGGUAAUGUAUUAUAACCUUUUAUCUAAAAUAUUUUUUGCAAGUUAACUAGUGAAAAUGAUUUUAAUUCAGAUUAUCUUGCAACUUCAUUUUUGCCAAGGCAAAACACUAAUCUCUGUGUAUAUUGAGAAUUCCUUAAACUUACCUGACAAAGAAAUAUCAUUUAAAAUUACACUUGUUAUCCCUGUUGGGUAACUUUCAGAAAGUAUACUUUUGCCCUGUAAACAGUAGAUGUAUUCUUCUCUAUUUCUAGGCACAGGUUGGGUUACUAAGAAACCUAGAAAAGAAUUUCUUUCCUUCAUUAAAUCAUAAGGAAAGGCUUUGUAUUUUUAAAAACACUAAAAGCAGUGUCACUCUACCUAAUCUCACUGUUCUGCAAAGGUGGCAACGCUUAAACUAAAUAAUGAGUAUUUUGGAAACUGCAAAAUUCUAUGUUAAAUACUGUGCAGAAUAAUGGAACCAUUACAGUUCAUAAUAGGUAGUUUGGAUAUUUUUGUACUUGAUUUGAUGUGUGACUUUUUUUCAUAUACUGUUUAAAUCAUGUAUGUUAUGAUAUUGUUUAAAAUUCAGUUUUUGUAUCUUGGGGCAAGACUGCAAACUUUUUUAUACCUUUUGGUUUUUCUAAGCCCUUUGCCAUCAAUGGUCAUAUCAAUUGGCAGUGACUUUGUAUAGAGAAUUUAAGUAGAAAAGUUGCAAAUGUAUUGACUGUACCACAGACACAAUAUGUAUGCUUUUUACUUAGCUAGUAGCAUAAAUAAAACCGAAUCUCAACAUACAAAGUUGAAUUCUAGGUUUGAUUUUUAAGUUUUUUUUUCCAUUUGCACUUUUGAGUCCAACCUCAGUGGCAAGACACCUUCUACUAAUGACAGGCAGUAGCCGGUACUAGUGGGCAGCUUUGGUUUUUCCCUCACACUCUACCAGGACUUUCCCAUGGACAUUACAUAUCAAGGGUAGAGUUGGUUGUUUUUUGGACUUUUAUUUUUCUGUGGCAAAAAUAGUCCUGAUUGUCUAUGAGAUAAACAGGUUGUCUACAGGAUAGCGUGAAGUAAAAUUAAGGUUAUCUUUCAGAUACUUACACUUUUUGCUUGGAGGGCCUUUUCUGAUUAUAGUAAAGUUCUCUAAAAUGUGAUACGUUUAUGAUAUAAGAAACACUUAACGUGUGAUAGAUAUCCUUAUAAAUUCAAUUUAAAUGAACAAGUCUUCUACUUCCUAGCUUGGAAGGUUUUAAUUAGACCAUCCUAGAAACAACUGAAUUUGUUUAUUGCUAUGAUUUAAACACAUAGAUAUUGAGCCAAACUACCUGUUUUUGUUGUUAAAAUAACUUCCCUGCCAACUCAUUUGUUUUCUUGAGUACUUACAAAUACUUUUGUUACAGUCCUAAUUUUAAUCUGUAAACGUUUGGUGGUUUAAGUUCUACUGGCAGAUUUUAAAAGAAAAGUUAUUCUCUAGAAAUUAGUGACUGAAAUACUUUUAAGGUCCAUUUUACUGUGAAUGAAGAAUAGAGUGGGAAGGAAGAGUUAGAAUAGGUUUUUAAAAUCCAUAUUAUUUGGUUAGAUCCAUAAGCAUGCUAUAAUAUAAUCCAUUUCUCCUUUGCUGUGUUAAAGAAGGUUUUCAUUUUUAGUCAUCUGGGGUUAAUUAAGCAUGUGGAAAAUAUUUGCUAAGAAGUCUCUCUUUGAGGCCAAGCCACUUCUCUUGGUUUCUUUCUGCUAAGAGCCAUGAAAGUAUUAUAAAUAUAUGGAAGUGCUUCCAUUUAUUAAUUGCUUUGUAAUUUGUAUCUAAAUUCAGUCACCAGUUUUUGGGAAAAAAAAAAAUCUAGAAUGUUACGAUCAGUUAUUCCUGAGACCGUAGUUGUUAAACGGUAUUUCUGUUUCUUAGAAGUGGUCAUCUUUGAUGAGUAAGGCUAGAGUCAUUAGGUUUAAAGUGUUACGGCUACUUUAAGGUAGAAUAGAUCUGCGGUUCUCAGAAUCUGAUUAUUAUGAGGAUAUGAUUGUGGGUGGGUUUCUCUAGCUAGUUCAUAUCUCAAAGACUCAGAAUGUUGAACUUUAGUGAAAGCUGAUAGAUGAACCAAAUACAUACCUUUAUCAUCCAUUAUGAGACCUAUCCCACAUCUGUCAGUGCCUUUCAGUGCGUUAUCAAAGGGGAUCCUUAAUGGUGUUGCCUUUAUUUUCCAGGGAGUAGAUUCUUUGUGGGAUAUAGUCUAUCUCAUUUUUUAUAAUAUUCUACCCCUGGUAUGCAAAGAAAAUAUUAAUAAAUUACUGCCAUAUAACCUUGUUUUUCCAGAAGCAUGGCUCAUUUGUAUUGAUCUAACCAAUAAAUAGGUCACCUGUCCCAUUCCCCUUGUGAACACUAUAGAUUCAUUACAAGUUGGGUGGUCUGGCUUAAGAAUAGCUGUAACUUGAAACAUCCAGGCAAACUGCAAGGUUACUUGCUGCGUUGUAUUUCAAAGUUAAAAGUCCAUUUUUGUGGGGAGAGAGGUGGUGUAAAGGGAGGUAUAUAUUACAGAACUUUUGAAGGCAAAAUAAAAUGUCAUUUUCUUCCAGAUAAUAAAUUCCUUAUUUUAAAUAGUCUACUGCAGCUAUCUUUUUGAGCAUGCCUGUCUGGAGAGGAAAAAUGUACAUUUCCCCCAUGAUUUUCCUGAAGUAACUGUAGAGAUUCAAGAAGAAUAAGGUGAUAUGUUUUACUCUUUGUUUGGUAAUAGUUACUGGUUUUUAUGUAAAGUCAGAUUAGUUUAGAUCCCUUUUUGAGAGCUUUUUUGAAGAAACAGUUUUAUUCUGAGUAGAGCAGAAUCCUUUUUGUUGAUCGUUUGCUCCCUUAAGCAUUAAGUCAGUUUCCUGGCAUUUUAUUUAGUGAAAUCAGAUUGGAAAAGAUGAAUUUGAGGUCAUUAUGGUAAUUGAGUAUGUGAACAUAAUUACCUAUAAAGUUAGUUAACAACUCUAUAUGGGUGGGGCUUGGCUAAGAUUAGCAGAUGGGAGCAUAAAGAAAUGCUUUAUUUUCUUUCUAAAGGCAGAGCUCAUCUUGUGGGCAGAUUGCUAUCUGUAAAUAAUCUCCUAACUCCUCCUUUUCAAGAUUAGAGAGAGUAAGCUAUGAGAAUCUUUUGUGCAAGCCUUUUUUAUUUUUUUCUGACAACUAGAUAAUUUCUUUUCUUCUAAGGUAAUCAGGAAGGGUGUAAAAAGUUAGAGGCUUUUUUAUGGCAGCAUCCUGGGCCCAGCCUUGGCCCUAGCACUCACUUGUCCCAGUGUUGCAGGUGGUUUAUCUUGGAUCACCGUGGUGUGCGAUUCUCCCAAUAAUCCAAACUUGCCUUAUUUAAGCAGUAGCAUUUUUUAUGUUGGUGAUUUUGGGGAAUGAAAUUACCUAGUAAGUUUAUCGGAGAUUAUACUAGAUAUUGCAUUUCUUUUUGUGCCUGUUUUUUUCUGUGGACUUCAGGGUCACCAAAACAGGCAGGACUGUUUUGCCUUUGCUGAAUGCUCCCCAAAUUCUGUGGCUUUGAAUGUGCAGUUUUUUCACACUCCCAGUCUCCUCCCCUUCUGAAGCCACCACUUCCUGUGUAUUGUGAAUGCCCCUUCCCUUACUCUUUUCUUUUCCCCUUUUUGACUCAUUUUUUCUUACUGCUUGGGCAAGGAAACCAGAUAAACAAACUUGUUAGAACUUCCCUUACAACACAAAGACAAACUGGGACAGGACUCAAGAAAUUUUCCUAUAAAGUGUUGAAAAGGACUUAAGUGCUUUGGCUUUUGACAUUGGUUUGACUCUGAGCUCUUCCUGAUUUUUGCUGAGUGUGAGGUAGUCGAGGUAGAGAGAAAUGAGUCAAAUACCUAUUUUCCCCCUUUGAAAGAGUUUUGAAAGGUUUGGUGGCUUCCACUUGAAUGCUGCUUGUCAAAACUGGGGUUACAAGGGUUACUAAAUUAGUAUCAGUAGCCAUGGCGCUACUGUUGCCUAGAGGACACCAGCAAAAAAUACAAAUGAACAAUUAACAGAAAACAAAAGCAAACCUUAGGAAAUAAGAGGGUCAUUUUUACUUGCUUUUGCUGUCCCCUUUUGAGCCUUCCUCCUGUAACGGAUAUUUUUGAUCUCUAGGUGCCUUUAAGAGAAUUGAGGAUCUGAUAUCCUGCCCCAAGGAGUAGCAAAAGUAAUUGCUGAUGUUUUCAGGGAUUUUAACAUCAGAUUGAAUGAAUGAAUGAAGCUUUCCUCCCUUUUUUUUUUAUAUGCAGGAAGGACUGAGAAGAAAACUGGUGAAGACAAUCAUUUUUCCCUAUUGGUAUGGACAGUUUUCACAAUUUAAGAUGCUUUGUCAGUAGGUCUCAGACCAGUGUUCUUGUUUAACCUGAAACUAGUGACGCUGGGUGGGGCCAGAUAUUUGCACUCUCUCAUGUGUGCUCUGCCACUGGUUUGAUGUUUGACCUUGGGCAAGUCAUUUACUUUCUCUGGGCCUCAGUUGCCUCAUCUGUAAAAUGAGGGAGUUGGACUUGCUGAGUUCUUCCAACUCUGAAAUUCUAAGUGACCUUGCCUACCUUGCAGCAGUUUUUGAUUUUUUUCCUUACCUUUUGCUCUGCUGUUUGAGGGGGCUUUUUACUUAUUUCCUCAUUAUUCAUAUGAGACUAGGCUUGAUAUUUUAUUAUCUCCUAUGGACAAGAAGUUACAUAAUAUUUCCUUAAGACUUAAAUUUACCAAAGGCCUAGCACCAUCUUGGGGGCUGCAAUAAAUACUUAAAACUGAGAGGGGAAGCCUUCAUUUUAUUUUCCCAUUAUUUCUGUUCACAGUUUAUUAAGGCUCUUUUUGAGUCAUGACAGUCUACCGUUGGGGUUGAUAAGUGUUUGACACCAUCCUCCUAAGUACUGUGAUGAUGGUAAUUUUUUUUUUUUUCAGCUGAAAUGGAUAUAAAACAAUGCCUAAUGAUUUUAGAGGUCAUUAAUUUGGCUUUUGGUUUCUUAACUCCUCUAUGUUUGAAACAGGGAAAAUCCUCUGAACUAUGUCAGUUAAAAUAGUUUCUAUGACUCAAGAAAACUAUCAGUGAAUGAUUAUUCACUUUAUUCUUGGUUCUUUUUUGGUCCGUUUUGAUUAGAAAUCUUUUGGCUGGAGCAUUCUUUUAGAGUUCUCUUCCAGUCUGUCCUUGGAUCAAUAUAAUUCAUAAACUUGGCUAUUUCAAGGACCAUGAGAGCCUUCUUAGGGGUGGGUUGAGGGUGGGGGGGUCAGAGUCCUGGUAGAGGCCAGCUCUGUGGUAGCUGGAGAGGAUGGGAUGAAACCAGCUGCUGUUGCUAUGGCUGCUUGUCACUGAUAGAAGGACUCAUAGUUUGGAUUAGUGAAAAGGCUAAACAUGGAGUUGGCAAACUUCCUCCAAGUUUUGGGUUCUGGCCAAUGCUGUGGACAUGUGAUUUAAGGGAGAAGUAUGAAUGCUUGUAGAUGAUGCAAAACUAGUGAGCUGCAGAGCCUUUGGAGGAAGUAAUUGGAGGUUGGGGACAGAUUUGGUGGUGGUAUUUCCCAACUCUGUCUCAUCUGAAGUCAGGAAUGCAGCUAUGCCAAAACUCAGAAAAGAGCUAUACUUAGUGUCUGCUUUUGGGAAAACUGUUCAACUAAAGCUCCAGUAGUUCCUUUGUGUCUUCCUGUAUACUUUUUGCCUGUUUGAAGUCUGUGGCUAAAAAUAGUCGAACCUUUCCUGAGAACUCUGUAACAAAGUAUGUUUUUGAUUAAAAGAGAAAGCCAAUUAAAUCAUCAUGUGCUCAUUCUUUUUCUUUGUCUUGGAUCUGGAAAGGGCUCCUAAUCACUUAGAGAAUUCGCAAAUUUGAGAUCAACAUUUUCCUUGUUGCUUUGUGGCCAUUAAAAUGGGAAGUGGGUUUUCCAAUAGGACCUGGGAAGAAUAGUCCCCAUACUUUUGUCAUUUCUAGAAAGACAGGAUGGAGAAAAGGAGGGUACUAGGGGAUUAUGAGAACCAGGAUGCUUAAAAGAGACAAAAAUGGGAAAUUAGAGACCUUGUUAUUGCCUAUUGAAGAAUUAAGGGAAGCUAUCCCCCCCUAACUUCCUCCUCUGUAACAUAGGGUCAAUCUGAGGAUUAAGAGGGUAAGGUGAUUCUAUGGUGAUGGCUUGUUAAUAGCAUGAACAAAUUAAUAUUGUUUUUCUGAUGUUGCUGAUAUGAGUUCCAGAGAUGUUUAGUUAGGCCAAGGGACUCAUUCUUACCUGACCUAAAGUUUACAGUAUCACAGGCUAGCAGUUGGAAGAGGAUAGAAGAUUGGCAAAAAAACAUUCCUAUGUGAAGCACUUGAAGAGAAUGAGCAGUUGUUUGGAGUCUUCCAUCUUACUGCCCUCUGCUCCAGACCCUUGAUUCUUUGUGCUUGACUCUUCUGCCUCGUCAAAAUCCCCACAGAUGGCAAUCUCAAAAGUUAGAACUUUCUCAACCCCCCUUCAAACCUUUUCCUCCCCUAUCAUCUGACUGAUAAAUGGCAGCACUCUUUUGCCCCUCAUCUUUUCUGUCCUAAAAGAACUACAUUUUAUUUGACACAGUGCUGAAAGUUCUAGUCAGUGAAAUAAUGCAAGAGAAGAAAACAUAUAGAUUGGAAAGGAAGAAAUAAAAUGGCACCAAUUUGCCAAUGACAUGAUUGCCUACAUAAAUAAUUCCAAGAAAUGUAUUUUAAAAAACUACCAAAAAGGGCCUCCCUGGUGGCGCAAGGGGUUAAGCACCGUACUCUGAAGCAAUCCACAGCCUCUGCAGCAUGAGUUCAAUCCCCAGCCAGCCAGGGAGCAAUCCACAUGGUGCAGCAGACCUCUCCUGACUCACCCGCUGCUCCCCUC